AUGAAUUGCCUCUCCUCGUCUCAUCUCAAGACAAAUUGCAAGAGUAUAAACACUUGCAUCAUAUGUCACAAGCCACACCAUACUCUGCUGCACUUUAGGGGUAAGCCAGAAGAGAAGACUGAUGAUCGCCCAAAUCAUUCUAAUCACGAAGACAACAAGAGUCACGCGAAAUCUUCGGGCGUAAGCCCAAAAGACACCUCUCUUAAUGAAGCUCCCUCCACUUCAAGCGCCAAUCGCUCCUCUCAUGUUCAGGCUAAUUUCUCAUCCAACAACGAGACGAUUUUACUACGAACAGCUCUAGUUCGUGUUGAACAUCAAGGGGAGUUGUUCACUUUGAGAGCCCUGAUUGAUCCCGGUUCUCAACGAACCUUUAUAACCCAACGAAUUCAGAAGCGCUUGCAAAUUCCCACUUCCAGAGCGCACUUCGAAAUUUUUGGUAUUGGAGAACAGACUCAAACUUCGGAAAAGGAAUGCCAACUCGUCAUUGUCGCUGAAAAAUACGAUGUUCGCUUCACAGUCUCGGCAAUAGUUCUGCCUAAAAUGACAAAAUGGCUACCCUCUGUUUCAUUUGAAGUUUCAAAUCCCUCAGAUCUGGAGGAACUUGAUUUAGCCGAUCCAAACUUCAAUAAAUCCGCUCAAAUUGACCUAAUUUUAGGCAAUGAUUCUGAACGCUUCAUCAGCAUGGAAGGAAUCAGAAAGAACGUAUGUGGCGAUACCUCAGCAUACAAUACAGUAUUUGGCUGGGUAUUGAGCGGUCCAAUGCAAACUGAAAGAAUUUUCUCAUUUUCCACUAACGUGGUUGAAUCCGAGGAUAUAAAAAUAAGCGAACUUCUGAGAAAAUUCUGGGAGCAAGAAGAGGUACCCAUGGCUCCCCCUCUUUGUGAGGAAGAUCAGUUUUGCGAAGAGUUCUACUCUAAAACUACCACCAGAUCCCCGGAUGGUAGAUACAUCGUGAGACUGCCUUUCAAGGCAGAGUUCUCCGAUUCCCUGUCUCUCGGCUCUUCUCGCUUUCUCGCUCUAGCUCAAUACAAUCGUAUGGAGACAAAGCUCUCUGAUGACCCCGAGCUAAAUACAGAGUACAAUUCAGUGUUAAGCGAGUACCUUUCUCUCGGUCAUGCUGAAGAAACCUCUUCUCAGGAGAUAAACUGUUAUGGGAAAUACAAUUCCUUUUAUCUCCCUCACCACGCCGUCAUUCGUCCAGAGCAUAAAUCCACAAAGGUGAGAGUUGUGUUUAAUGCGUCUCGUAAGAGCAAAUCUGGAUACUCUCUGAAUGACGUGCUGCACACUGGGCCUACGCUACAAACCGAUUUGACAUCUGUUAUCCUCGGCUGGCGCAGAUACAGAUAUGUAUUCUGCGGGGAUAUUCAAAAAAUGUAUAGGCAGAUAUGGUUGCAUCCAAUCGAUAGAGCCUAUCAGCGAAUACUUUUCAGGCCGGAUCCUACGGGACCGGUAAAAGAUUUCGAACUAAAAACGGUUACCUUUGGCCUCAACUGCGCCCCGUUUUUAGCCAUCCGCACCCUUUUGAAACUGGCCGCUGACUCUGAGAACAAAUUUCCCAAUGUCGCAGAGACAUUGAGGAAAGAGACAUAUGUCGACGACAUUUUGUCCGGAGGCUUCUCUAUUGAAGACACCAUUCAAGCGCAAGGGGACAUAAUCUCGGUCCUUGCGCAGGCAGGGUUUCCCCUUGUCAAAUUAACCGCGAACGACCCACAAUUACUGGCAAACCUCCCACCCGAAAGUCUAUAUAACUCAGACUUCUUGCGUUUCCAUGACUCUAGCACUACCAAGACUCUGGGUAUCAAAUGGAAUGCCCUAACUGAUUCAUUCAGUUACACCCUCAGCGCUAUUCCAACCGACCAGCCUAUGAGCAAACGCAAAGUUCUCUCCGCCGUCGCUCAACUAUUCGAUCCUGCAGGAUGGGUUGCUCCUGUAGUGAUCAAGUCGAAAAUUCUGAUGCAGCAACUUUGGCUUGAAGGGCUGGAUUGGGAUGACGAACUAAGCUCGGAAACUCUGGGAAAAUGGAAUUCUCUGGUCUCUGACUUGGGUCACAUUGGGUCGAUUUCCGUUCCCAGAUGGCUGCAGUACCAUCCCUCUGAUACCGUGGAGAUUCAUGGGUUCUCUGACGCAUCUCAAGCGGCAAUGUGUGCAUGCGUAUACAUUCGGUGUCAGACCUCCAAGUCUGUAGUGUUCUCGAAUUUGUUCGUGGCGAAAAGUAAAGUGGCUCCUCUGAAGCCUGUAUGCCUUCCACGUUUGGAACUCAAUGGUGCCUUCCUCCUAGCGAAACUUGUCAACUAUGUGGUGGCAGAGACUGAAGGCGAUACAUCACCAGUUCGCUAUUCGAUGGAAAGAAGAGUACCUCAAAGCUCUUCAAAAGCGAUACAAGUGGAAAACCACUUCUCCCAAUAUAAAGGUCGGCGAUCUCGUAGUCGUAAUGGACGAUCUACUGCCGCCUAG